AUGGCAGCCGCUUCGAACCAGUGGGCAGCCGUCGGGGAUGCUGUCAACUCGCUCUCGUUGGUAGAGACGGGGGUCACCAUCGUGCGGUUCAGCCUCGGGAUGCUCACUGGAUGGGGUACCGUGGAGUUUGCCAAACGACUCGGCCCGGGCGGGUACAGCCGCCGCCUGACCGAGCUCGAGACGAUCAUCAACUCAUGGGACACCGUCCUCUACAACCUGACGCCAGCUACCGCCGGGCGCAUUGAGGCGGAGCAUGGCGAGGGCUCCGUGGCACUCAUGCACGUUCGGCUCAAGGCCAUCAAGAUGAUGUUCGGCCGUCUCAAAGUCCGUGAUACGAACACCUCGUUCUGGGAGAAGUGCUCGCUCUGGAAAACCCCGCUGUCCAAGGAUUACGAUCACGUCCAAAAUGUGGUAGCCUCUGCCGACGCGUUCUUCAAGGCCUCCACUGAGCGCGCCAUGUGGGACCUCAUCCAGAGCAUGGUGGGCGAAGCCCGCCAGGCGCAACAUCAGUCUAUGCAAGACGCAACUUCUAUGGCGACCUUCACGUCCCCGCCUAGCGCUCACGCAGGACUUGGCGCACCUAGUACGCUUCCUGCCCCCGUAACUUCGAGGGCAUACCACACCGGCACAUCCGCUGGGCAAAUUCCCACCGAUGUAGGCGCGAACACCUUUGAUCAACUUGUGCAGUUCACAGUCGCAUUUUUGUCGCCUUUCGCCAGGCGCCGCGGUAAUCUCACCCAGCGGGGCAACCAGGGCCCGCCUCGUGGAUACACUCGCGUCUGA